AUGCAUUCAGCCAUUAGCCACCAACCCUUUAAUUUUGCUUGCAAGAUUUAUUUGUUAGUGCUUUUUGUGUAUUUGUUGGAGGGGAGGGAGUUGGCAGUGAAGGAUUCAUAUGUGAAAUUGAAAGUUGGUAAGUCUAAGUCUAAGACAAGGGUGUUGAAGAACACAAGAAAUCCUGUUUGGAAUGAAGAGUUUGUGUUCAGAGUGCAUGACUUGGAGGAUGAACUUGUUUUGUCUGUGUAUCAGUUUAAUGAAGACUCUGGAUUCUUUAAUGUGGCUGGAGAUUUGGUCGGCAGGGUUAAGAUUCCAGUUUGGUCUAUUGUUGCUGAGAAAAACCACUACUUGCCUCCCACUUGGUUCUCUCUUCAAAAGCGCAAGAGUUUGAAAUCAACCACUAACAAAGAUUAUGGUAAAGUUCUUCUGACACUGUCACUGCAAGGGAGAGGUGAGCAAGUAUGCAGUGACCAUCUCUUGUAUGUACAUCCAAGUUGCAGAGCUGAAAACACCAAUGAGUAUGGAGAUAAAUGUGUUUCAUCUCAAGAUAUUUUUAGCUGUACUCCUCCAACAAAGAAGAUUUUAGAAGGGAAACAUCUAGUGAAGGUUAUUGCUGGUCGCUUAGAGAAGCUUUUCAACAAAAAUGAAGAUGCAUCAGGGACUGAGGAUUCAUCUGAGCUCUCAACUACCAUUUCUGAUAAUGAAGAAAACUUGGCUUAGCCAACCAGUAACAGUAACUUUGAAGAGCUGAUUGAAAUGCUGCAAUCAAGCAAUGAACAAAAAGACAUGCCAGAGAACCUAGAGGAAGGCAUCCUUUUGGAUCAGGCAUAUGCAAUACCACCUAAUGAUCUCAACAUGCUUCUGUUUGCUCCCAAGUCGCAAUUCAUGAGAGAUCUUGCAGAAUUGCAGGGAACAACAGAUGUUCAAGAGGGCCCUUGGACAUGGAAAUCAGCAGAUAAAUCAUGUUUAGCACGAGUUGUUACCUACACCAAAGCAGCAACAAAAUGGCUUCGCAAAUGUCAGAAGUAUUUUGUCACCUGUCAAGUUCCAACAGAGCAGCAACUGGAAGUGAUCGAAAUAUUUCUUGAUAGCAAGGCAUCAAAAUGAAGCAUCCAAUAUUAUCAUGGCAGCAAUUUUCUGACCUAUUAUGUGAGAGAUUUGCAGACAAAAGAACUCAUGAUGUGGUGGAAGAUUUCAACAAGUUACAACAGCUGGGAACUGUGGAUGAAUAUCAAGAAAAAUUUGAAGAACUGAAAUGUAAGAAAUUGUUUUACUAAGUUCUGACAAAAUCCUUGUCCCAAAUUAACUAUGCACAAACAGCUAAACAAAAAGAAUC